AUGGCUUCCGCUUCCCAAACCCGCGGCCGUCUCGCUGGCAAGAACGCUAUCAUUACCGGCGCUGCUGGCGGAAUUGGCCUCGAGACCUCCAUCCUCUUUGCCAAGGAAGGCGCCAAAGUCCUCAUGACCGACAUCCAGCCCGCCGCCCUCGAAGCUGCCGUAAAGAAGGUCCUCCAGCUUGUCCCUAAUGCCCCCCGCGUUGAAGGAAAGGUCGUCGACGUCUCCAAAGAAUCCGACGUCCAAUCCGCCGUAGAAACCCUCGACUCCUGGGGCGGCAUCGACGUCAUGUUCAACAACGCCGGCAUAAUGCACGCCGACGACGCCGACGCCAUCUCCACCCCCGAACACAUCUGGGACCUGACCCAAAACAUCAACGUCAAGGGCGUCUGGUACGGCUGCAAGCACGCCGUCCUCUCCCUGCGCCGCUUCAACAAGACCAAAGGUUCCAUCAUCAACACCGCCAGCGUCGUCGCCCUCGUCGGUUCCGCCACGCCCCAGCUCGCCUAUACGGCUUCCAAGGGCGCCGUGCUCGCUUUGACGAGGGAGUUGGCCGUCGUUCAUGCGAGGGAGGGGUUUAGGUUCAAUUCGCUGUGUCCUGCGCCGCUAAAUACGCCGCUUUUGCAGGAUUGGCUAGGUGACGAUAAGCAUAAGAGGAUGAGGAGGGAGGUUCAUUUCCCUACUGGGAGGUUUGGGGAGGCGAUUGAGCAAGCGCAAGCUGUGGUGUUUUUGGCCAGUGAUGAGAGUAGUUUCGUUAACGGACAUGACUUCGCCGUGGAUGGAGGCAUGUCCAAAGCCUACGUCACGGCCGAGGGGAGCCCUCUCCCAGCUCCCGUCAACAACGCUCUCAAGGAGUCCCUUGACUCGUAG